UGGCUUUUUGAAAAACAUUCAUAACCCACAUUGCUGUUUCCCUGGAUUUCUUUCUACUAUUAGCUGGCGAUUAGCAGAAUUUGAAACGUUCUUUUUCUUGAUAAUCCUGGUGGGACUUCAAGAAUUUUCACCGCAUAGUUUUUACAUUAUUUCAAUAGUGGCAAACCAGAGCUCAGCCAACUCUAUACAAAGUAUUGGAAAUGGCCCUUUUAUGAAACUCUCACAGUCAAUAAUUCAAGGCAGACUUUGUUUAGUUUAAAAGAAUUUUUGCCUUUAUGUUAAGGGUCAAGUGGGGAACUGUGGGAGAAGUUGAUACUCUCCAAAAUAGGAACCUUUCCCAACUGCAUGAAUGAAGGUGUUCACAAGAUGAAGAUGGUUUCUGUACCUCUUAAACGAAACUGUUUAUGUCAGUGCUGUGAUAUUUGCAGAAUCACGUCAGAAUCUUUCUGAACCUCACUGGUUCACAUUCUCUCAUAUUUUCGCUUUUCUUCUAGUCCACUUCAUUUGAGUGACAGCAAGCAAGAAAGGAUGGAAGCCACCUCAGCUUCUUCCAAGUGGUUUUUGCACUGCAUGCUCUUGAUUUUAGCUGCUCAGGUUGCACACUGCAGUGUUACUUAUGAUAGGAAGGCUCUUAUCAUCGAUGGACAGAGAAGGAUUCUCUUCUCUGGCUCCAUACAUUACCCGAGGAGCACCCCAGAUAUGUGGGAGGGGCUUAUACAGAAGGCUAAAGAUGGAGGCUUGGAUGCCAUAGAUACCUACGUGUUCUGGAACAUCCAUGAACCUUCUCCUGGAAAUUUCAAUUUCGAAGGGAGAUAUGAUUUGGUUAGGUUCAUAAAGCUGGUCCAGAAAGCAGGGCUAUAUGUGCAUCUGCGAAUUGGGCCUUAUGUUUGUGCUGAGUGGAAUUUUGGGGGCUUCCCUGUGUGGUUGAAGUAUGUACCUGGCAUCAGCUUCAGAACCGAUAGCGAGCCUUUCAAGAUGGCAAUGCAAAGGUUCACCGAGAAAAUUGUUCGAAUGAUGAAGUAUGAAAAGCUGUUUCAAUCUCAAGGAGGCCCUAUAAUUCUUUCCCAGAUUGAGAAUGAGUAUGGUAUAGAAAGCAAGGCAUAUGGUGCAGCUGGACGUGCAUAUAUGAAUUGGGCUGCUAAUAUGGCUGUUGAGACGAAUACUGGGGUGCCAUGGGUUAUGUGUAAGGAGGAUGAUGCUCCGGAUCCAGUGAUAAACACAUGCAAUGGUUUCUACUGUGAUUAUUUUUCUCCUAACAAGCCAUACAAGCCCACAAUUUGGACAGAGGCCUGGACAGGCUGGUUCGAAGAUUUUGGUGGACCAGUUCAUCAUCGACCAGUUGAGGAUUUGGCCUUUGCAGUUGCCCGGUUUAUUCAAAAAGGAGGGUCUUUUGUGAACUAUUACAUGUAUCAUGGUGGAACGAACUUUGGAAGAGCAGCCGGCGGCCCCUUCAUCACCACCAGCUAUGACUAUGAUGCGCCUAUUGAUGAAUAUGGCUUGAUUAGGCAGCCAAAAUAUGAACACUUGAAGGAGCUUCACAAGGUUAUCAAGUCAUGUGAGCAUGUUCUGGUCACUGCUGAUCCUACCCUUACUCCUUUAGGAAACUAUGAACAGGCACACGUAUUUUCUUCCAGCUCUGGCUGUGCUGCUUUUCUCACAAAUUACCAUUUAAACGAAGCGGCACACGUGACUUUCAAUAAGAUGCACUAUGAAUUGCCACCUUGGUCAAUAAGCAUUCUCCCUGAUUGCAAAACAGUUGCAUUUAACACGGCAAAGGUAGCAGUUAGACCAUCAACGGCACAGAUGAUUAUUACUAACGCGAAAAUGCUCUCGUGGGAAACAUUCAGCGAGGAUAUAUCCACGAUUAAUGAUGACUCCUCGCUAACAUAUGUUGGUCUUCUGGAGCAAUUAAAUGUCACGAGAGACACAAGUGAUUAUCUAUGGUACACAACCAGCGUUGAAAUAAGUUCAUCUGAAUCUUUCCUGCGUCAAGGCCAUUAUCCCAUUCUCACUGUGCAAUCAGCAGGCCAUGAAUUGCAUGUGUUCAUUAAUGGACAUUUAUCAGGUUCGGCAUUUGGGACUUCAGAAAACAAAAUAUUUACCUUUACAGGAGGCAUCAACUUGCAUGCUGGAGUUAACAAAAUUUCACUACUUAGCGUAGCAGUUGGAUUACCGAAUGCUGGAGCACGUUUUGAGACAUGGAGCAUAGGAGUUGUGGGACCUGUAGCUCUGCAUGGGUUGGACGAGGGACAGAAGGACUUAUCCUGGCAGAAAUGGUCAUACAAGGUAGGGCUCAAAGGAGAAGUCAUGAACCUGGUUUUCCCUAAUGCUAUUUCAUCUGCCGAAUGGGUAGGAGGAUCUUUGGCUGCAAAGAAGCAGCAACCUCUUACAUGGUAUAAGGCUUAUUUUGAUGCACCAGAAGGAAAUGAUCCUUUGGCAUUGGACCUCAGCAGUAUGGGAAAAGGACAAGUGUGGAUAAAUGGGCAGAGCAUUGGAAGAUAUUGGACUGCCGAUGCGAAAGGUAGUUGUGGCCAAUGCAAUUAUUCUGGGACGUACAGGCAGUGGAAAUGCCAAUCUGGAUGCGGCCAGCCAACUCAAAGAUGGUACCACGUUCCCCGGUCUUGGCUGAAGCCAACUGGAAAUUUGUUGAUAGUUUUCGAGGAAAUUGGCGGGGACGCAUCCAGAAUCUCUCUAGUCAAAAGAUUGGUGUCCAGUGUAUAGCAGGGAAAUAUUCAUGAACUUGCAUGAUUCUGCAGUUUUCGGCUUGCAAUUUCCUGUGAUCAUGUAUCACGUAGGCAUUCGGAUUUCUAAGAAGAUUUGUAAACCCCCCCA